AUGGGUAAUCUACCUGAGCCUAGAGUAACAGAAUCCCGCCCAUUCACUAACGUCGGGAUUGACUACUGCGGCCCCUUCUUCAUAAAGGAAAGGAAAGUACGCAACAGAGGUCGUAUAAAGGUUUACGUGUCGGUCUUCGUAUGCCUCGCCAUUAAGGCAGUCCACUUAGAGAUCGCGUGUGACCUCACCACUGAAGGGUUUCUGGCGGCCUUACGACGGUUCGUCGCUCGACGGGGAGUCUGCAGCAACAUUUACUCAGACAAUGGCACAAAUUUCAUCGGUGCCAAUAGUGAGCUGAAGGAGAUCCACGAGUUUCUGAAGAAUGAGGACCAUCAGCAAAAAAUUCUUCAUUUUGCAACGUCGAAGGAAAUCCGAUGGCACUUCAUCCCAGCGCAGUCUCCAAACUUCGGUGGUCUUUGGGAAGCAGCGGUCAAAUCCUUCAAACAUCACCUGAGGUGGAUUGUGACCAAUGAGUUGCUGACUUUUGAAGAAUUCAAUACACUAACUAUCGAGAUUGAAGCCGUGCUAAACUCACGACCUCUCACUCCUCUUUCAACGGAUCCAAAUGAUCCAAUAGCAUUGACUCCUGGCCACUUCUUGAUUGGUGACUCUCUGACAAAUCUCAGAGGUCCUGACUUUCGGGAGACUCCUAGCAAUAGACUCUCAAAUUGGCAACACAUCCAGAAGUUGAAGCAGGACUUCUGGACUCGCUGGCAUCGAGAGUACAUUAGCGGGCUCAAUGUCAAAUCCAAAUGGAUACAUGGGGAGCACUCAAUCAAGGAGGGUACUCAAUCAAGGAGGUGGGCAUUGGGCAGGGUCAUCAAGGCUCACGCUGGUACCGAUGGCAUCAUCCGAACAGUUACGGUGAGAACUGCUAAGGGUAUCUACGACCGCAACGUGAGAAAAUUGGCGCCUCUACCCAACACUGAUGAUCCGACAUGUUGA